AUGUACCUCUGCUUCGCUCAUCGCUCUGGUCGGGCGCAAGGGCGGGCGCAAGGGCGGGCGCAUGGGUGGGUGCAUGGGUGGGCGCAUGGGUGGGCGCAUAGGUGGGCGCAUGGUUGGUCGCAUGGGUGGGUGCAUGGGUGGGCGCAUGGGCGGGCGCAUGGCGCCCGCCUCACAUCACAGAGGAGUGGCACCCGCCUCACAUCACAGAGGAGUGGCGCCCGCCUCACAUCACAGAGGAGUGGCGCCCGCCUCACAUCACAGAGGAGUGGCGCCCGCCUCACACCACAGAGGAGUGGCGCCCGCCUCACACCACAGAGGAGUGGCGCCCGCCUCACACCACAGAGGAGUGGCGCCCGCCUCACACCACAGAGGAGUGGCGCCCGCCUCACACCACAGAGGAGUGGCGCCCGCCUCACAUCACAGAGGAGUGGCGCCCGCCUCACACCACAGAGGAGUGGCGCCCGCCUCACAUCACAGAGGAGUGGCGCCCGCCUCACACCACAGAGGAGUGGCGCCCGCCUCACAACACAGAGGAGUGGCGCCCGCCUCACAUCACAGAGGAGUGGCGCCCGCCUCACACCACAGAGGAGUGGCGCCCGCCUCACACCACAGAGGAGUGGCGCCCGCCUCACAUCACAGAGGAGUGGCGCCCGCCUCACAUCACAGAGGAGUGGCGCCCGCCUCACAUCACAGAGGAGUGGCGCCCGCCUCACAUCACAGAGGAGUGGCGCCCGCCUCACAUCACAGAGGAGUGGCGCCCGCCUCACACCACAGAGGAGUGGCGCCCGCCUCACAUCACAGAGGAGUGGCGCCCGCCUCACAUCACAGAGGAGUGGCGCCCGCCUCACACCACAGAGGAGUGGCGCCCGCCUCACAUCACAGAGGAGUGGCGCCCGCCUCACAUCACAGAGGAGUGGCGCCCGCCUCACAUCACAGAGGAGUGGAGCCCGCCUCACAUCACAGAGGAGUGGCGCCCGCCUCACAUCACAGAGGAGUGGCGCCCGCCUCACACCACAGAGGAGUGGCGCCCGCCUCACAUCACAGAGGAGUGGCGCCCGCCUCACACCACAGAGGAGUGGCGCCCGCCUCACAUCACAGAGGAGUGGCGCCCGCCUCACAUCACAGAGGAGUGGCGCCCGCCUCACAUCACAGAGGAGUGGCGCCCGCCUCACACCACAGAGGAGUGGCGCCCGCCUCACACCACAGAGGAGUGGCGCCCGCCUCACACCACAGAGGAGUGGCGCCCGCCUCACACCACAGAGGAGUGGCGCCCGCCUCACACCACAGAGGAGUGGCGCCCGCCUCACACCACAGAGGAGUGGCGCCCGCCUCACAUCACAGAGGAGUGGCGCCCGCCUCACAUCACAGAGGAGUGGCGCCCGCCUCACACCACAGAAGAGUGGCGCCCGCCUCACACCACAGAGGAGUGGCGCCCGCCUCACAUCACAGAGGAGUGGCGCCCGCCUCACACCACAGAGGAGUGGCGCCCGCCUCACACCACAGAGGAGUGGCGCCCGCCUCACACCACAGAGGAGUGGCGCCCGCCUCACAUCACAGAGGAGUGGCGCCCGCCUCACACCACAGAGGAGUGGCGCCCGCCUCACAUCACAGAGGAGUGGCGCCCGCCUCACAUCACAGAGGAGUGGCGCCCGCCUCACACCACAGAGGAGAGGCGCCCGCCUCACAUCUCAGAGGAGUGGCGCCCGCCUCACUCCACAGAGGAGAGGCGCCCGCCUCACAUCUCAGAGGAGUGGCGCCCGCCUCACACCACAGAGGAGUGGCGCCCGCCUCACAUCACAGAGGAGUGGCGCCCGCCUCACACCACAGAGGAGUGGCGCCCGCCUCACACCACAGAGGAGUGGCGCCCGCCUCACACCACAGAGGAGUGGCGCCCGCCUCACACCACAGAGGAGUGGCGCCCGCCUCACAUCACAGAGGAGUGGCGCCCGCCUCACAUCACAGAGGAGUGGCGCCCGCCUCACAUCACAGAGGAGUGGCGCCCGCCUCACAUCACAGAGGAGUGGCGCCCGCCUCACAUCACAGAGGAGUGGCGCCCGCCUCACAUCACAGAGGAGUGGCGCCCGCCUCACAUCACAGAGGAGUGGCGCCCGCCUCACAUCACAGAGGAGUGGCGCCCGCCUCACAUCACAGAGGAGUGGCGCCCGCCUCACACCACAGAGGAGUGGCGCCCGCCUCACAUCACAGAGGAGUGGCGCCCGCCUCACAUCACAGAGGAGUGGCGCCCGCCUCACACCACAGAGGAGUGGCGCCCGCCUCACAUCACAGAGGAGUGGCGCCCGCCUCACAUCACAGAGGAGUGGCGCCCGCCUCACAUCACAGAGGAGUGGAGCCCGCCUCACAUCACAGAGGAGUGGCGCCCGCCUCACAUCACAGAGGAGUGGCGCCCGCCUCACACCACAGAGGAGUGGCGCCCGCCUCACUCCACAGAGGAGUGGCGCCCGCCUCACAUCUCAGAGGAGUGGCGCCCUCCUCACACCACAGAGGAGUGGCGCCCGCCUCACACCACAGAGGAGUGGCGCCCGCCUCACACCACAGAGGAGUGGCGCCCGCCUCACAUCACAGAGGAGUGGCGCCCGCCUCACAUCACAGAGGAGUGGAGCCCUCCUCACAUCACUGAGGAGUGGCGCCCGCCUCACACCACAGAGGAGUGGCGCCCGCCUCACACCACAGAGGAGUGGCGCCCGCCUCACUCCACAGAGGAGUGGCGCCCGCCUCACAUCUCAGAGGAGUGGCGCCCGCCUCACACCACAGAGGAGUGGAGCCCGCCUCACAUCACAGAGGAGUGGCGCCCGCCUCACACCACAGAGGAGUGGCGCCCGCCUCACAUCACAGAGGAGUGGCGCCCGCCUCACAUCACAGAGGAGUGGCGCCCGCCUCACAUCACAGAGGAGUGGCGCCCUCCUCACACCACAGAGGAGUGGCGCCCGCCUCACAUCUCAGAGGAGUGGCGCCCGCCUCACACCACAGAGGAGUGGUGCCCGCCUCACAUCACAGAGGAGUGGCGCCCGCCUCACAUCACAGAGGAGUGGCGCCCGCCUCACAUCACAGAGGAGUGGCGCCCGCCUCACAUCUCAGAGGAGUGGAGCCCUCCUCACACCACAGAGGAGUGGCGCCCGCCUCACAUCACAGAGGAGUGGCGCCCGCCUCACACCACAGAGGAGUGGCGCCCGCCUCACAUCACAGAGGAGUGGCGCCCGCCUCACACCACAGAGGAGUGGCGCCCGCCUCACAUCACAGAGGAGUGGCGCCCGCCUCACACCACAGAGGAGUGGCGCCCGCCUCACAUCACAGAGGAGUGGCGCCCGCCUCACAUCACAGAGGAGUGGCGCCCGCCUCACAUCACAGAGGAGUGGCGCCCGCCUCACAUCACAGAGGAGUGGCGCCCGCCUCACAUCACAGAGGACGUGGGGAGUGGAGGAAGCGAGUGGGGGAGGAGGGCUGGGUGGGCGCAUGGGUGAGCGCAUGGGUGGGCGCAUGGUGGGCGAGCGCAUGGGUGGGCGCAUGGGUGGGCGCAUGGUGGGCGAGCGCAUGGGUGGGCGCAUGGGUGGGCGCAUGGGUGGUCGCAUGGGUGGCCGCAUGGGUGGGCGCAUGGGUGGGUGCAUGGGUGGUCGCAUGGGUGGCCGCAUGGGUGGGCGCAUGGGUGGGCGCAUGGGUGGCCGCAUGGGUGGGCGCAUGGGUGGCCGCAUGGGUGGCCGCAUGGGUGGGCGCAUGGGUGGGCGCAUGGUGGGCCGGCGCAUGGGUGGACGCAUGGGUGGGCGCAUGGGUGGUCGCAUGGGUGGCCGCAUGGGUGGCCGCAUGGGUGGGCGCAUGGGUGGGCGCAUGGGUGGGCGCAAGGGUGGUCGCAUGGGCGGGCGCAUGGUCGGGCGCAUGGGCGGGCGCAUGGGCGGGCGCAUGGUCGGGCGCAUGGUCGGGCGCAUGGUCGGGCGCAUGGUCGGGCGCAUGGUCGGGCGCAUGGUCGGGCGACAACAGUUAUAG